CCUUCGCAAAGUCACAGCCUUCGCGAACAGUCUCCACGGACAGCCUCCCCAGACAGCCGCCCGGACAGCCUCCCCAGACAGCCGCCCCGGACAGCCUCCCCAGACAGCCUCCCCAGACAGCACGCUUCUCAAAACGUCCCUUGGACGAGAGCAGAUCGAAUUCCACGAGGAAUCCACGAGCCCACAUAGGCCAAAGCAAGGUUGCAAGCCAGCUUCACCACAAGCAUUGCCGGCACAGUUGUCCGAAUCACUGGUUGCGCUUUCCUCAACAUAAGCCUAGCUGUUGGCGCUGCAGCUCUGAAGACGCUUUCCAACCAGCAUUUGGGGGUUCCAACAAGUAUCACACUGCAAAAUCUCAGCUAUCCAUCACCUUUUUGAUCCCAAGUGCUUCAAGGGCCGCCUGUACACACUUUACAUCCCAGGGCUGUCAGAGUUGGAGAGGAGGUUGAAAGCACAGAGCUUCGUCUCCAGAGAAAGAAAGAAUACCAGGAAUCGUUUCAAGGAUCGUCAGCUAGGGGAUUUUCAAGUCGAGUUGUCUGGGGGUCAAAGUCUUGUGUGUCGAAACCUGGAGUACGACUGGACUCCUGUACUUCUGACCCUGCAAGACAAGACUAUCAAUACACCUCUUUCAACAAAGAAUCUCGCUUUCUUCGUUUCCAAUUGAUCGCGUUUUAGGCUUCCUACAAUGGCCGACGAGAACUAUGACUUUGACGUCUACGAGGCCGCCGACGCCCAGGCGCAGGAUGGCGGUCAAGAACACCAGCAGGACGGCUCGGAAGACUACGGCGAGAAUACUCCCAUGAACGGAGCACCCGAGCUAAGCGAUACAGGAAACGAAGCACACAAUGGCGAUGGCAGUCACAACGGCAAUGACGAGCAGAACAAUGACCAGGCAGCGUCUGGCUCAUCUGCUCCCCACCAUGGUGUUAAGCGCAAGUCGGAGCCAGACGACCGCCCCGUUGACCCUGGCGCCACAGCAGCACUGCUGAUCUCGGAGCUCCAGUGGUGGAACACGGAAGAUGAAAUUCGAAAUUGGGUCCAUGAGGCUGAAUGCGAGGAAGAGCUCAAGGAAAUUACGUUUAGUGAACACAAGGUGAACGGCAAGAGCAAAGGCCAAGCCUACGUCGAGCUCGCAUCGAGUCAGGCUGCAACCGCAACGAAACGACACAUAGAUUCGCUUUUCGGCAGCGACACCAGCGGAUCCGGCCACGGCCAGCAGCGUCACCCGAACGUCUCUUACCAUGCCCAAGGCAACAACCCCUUCAAGACCCUUCCUAAAGAUGCGCCGCAGCGUGCUCGCGAGAACGCUGGCCGCGGUGCCCCUGGCGGCCCUGGCAACUUCAACAACAACAUUGGACAGGCGAAUUCAUUCCAAGCAAGCGGAAGUGGAGGCUUCCAGGGCGGCUUCCGCGGAGGCCGAGGUGGCUAUAACCGUGGCGGGAUGCGUGGCGGAUUCAAUGCCAACUAUGGGAAUUCGAACAUGGGUGCCUUUAACAACAAUAUGGGCGCGUUCAAUAACCCCAUGGGCGGAGGCUUCGGCGGGCCUGGCUUCAACCGCGGCGGCGGCAUGGGCCGUGGCACGCCCGGAAUGGGGGGUCCCAUGCGCGGAGGUCGCGGAGGUAUGAUGGGGAAUCCUGGUGGUAUGCCCAUGGGGAUGGGAGGAAUGCCUAUGGGUAUGGGCGCCAUGCCUCCUAUGGGUAUGAACAUGAUGGGUCCAAUGGGUGGCUUCAACAACAUGCCCGGCCAGUACACCCAACCCUUCUUCGGUGGCGGAAACCAGGGAGGCUUUGGCGGACAGGCUGGUGGUGGCGGUGGUGGAGGGGCCGAAUGGGGAAACCCUCACGGAACCAAGAGGCCGCGCGGCGAGUAGAGUAUUCCUCUGCUGUCCGCACUUUCCGCAUAGCUUUCCCACCGCGUCUGGGUUCGAAUCGACCUUGCGCUGCCAUCGGGCCCUGACGAAGGGGUUAUCUCGGCGGUUUUCUAUUCACGCCUCCCGAACAGUGGAACAACCGCGUACUAGAGAGCCCGCUGGAACUUUACCACAACAAUGUAUUACUAUGAGAUCGAGGAACUCGCCAACCCCCUCACGUCCGAAGCAAGGUGGACGAGCAUGUGGGGUUUGACUCGACUGCGUUGAACAAGUUUCGCAGCUUGGUGCGCUCUUUUUGCGGCACGGAGUUGUUCUUGCACUUCCGAUUUCGCAAUCAGCGACUCAAGAAUGGGACCACCCCGGGGCUCUUCUUGCAAAAUCAACAGCCCCAGGGCCACAGCACAUUUCAAUCGCACGGCACACUCCCUAACCGCAUUGGCCACGUCGCGUCUCUCGACGUCGAAUAUUGAGCAUCAAUCACUGCAGGGGUAUCAGUGGGCUCGACCACUUGGUUGUUGACGGGAUUUCGCGUAUUACGGCGUCCCGCUUUUACUUGUUUUGGGGCCUUGCACGCCUCAUCCCACCAAGACAGGAAUUGCGAAUUGCGUCAGCAGAGCCCUAGAAUUCCUACGGCUGACGUGCCUCAGUUGCAAUUUCACCUCCCCCAAGCACUUUCUCAGUACAAAGGAAUGGCGUUUUCAGGGGGGGUCAAGGGAUUCCGUAAACUUGUUGACUUGUUUCCUACUAAAUUUGCAUUUCAAGGGUGAUGGUACAUGGUAGCCUCGCUCCCCUGAGGCAAGGCAAUGGAAAUUCGAUGAUUUUAAUAGUCGGAUGUUACCUGGUUGCUGUGGCAUCGUGGGUGAGCCCGCAACUCUCCUCUGAACCACCUGCUGCUUCUUUAUUGGUAAAAUUGUAUGGUGGUAAUUGUUGUUCUCAAGCAUAGUGGUGUAGUGGUGUUUUGGGUACCAUUUGACCAUGGUGAAUACGGCAGUCUGACGACACAUUCAUGUUCAAAGGCGUUUAAAGGCAGGUAUUGAGAAGAGAUGCAUAGCCGAGUACUGUGGAAGACAGGGCUCAACCCUAAAGAAAAGGCCAGGAUUUCAGUCUAGCAGCAUGCGGAGCAUGCGGAGGGUGAGCUGGAGAUGUAUUUUUCAGCAGCUCGAUGGUGAGUCCGUGAGGGCACGGUAUGAAGAGGAGAUCUGCCCAGGUACAGAUACAUGCAACUAUACCUGCAGACAUCCUCACCACGCAGUAUACUAUGCCACCAAAGCACACCCUCUCACAAGCAAGCAGUCGGUAGUGUUAUAGAAAUCAGUUACAGGUUCACUCUAGGACAUUCACUGAUAAAGAAAGUCCUUGUUGUCUGUCAGGCAACAGUAGGCAUUCCCUCUGUCUAAGGGGGAUUUUGAGUCUUAACAGAAAAGCAAUUGAAACAAUCAAUGAUAGGUUGCUCCUUUUCCCUUACUUACUACCAGGAGGCCAGAAGUGCGGAAGGGACACUGCAAAUGAUAUUACAGCUUAAAUCCAAUACACACGAAUGCAUUUGGGAGUUA